AUGGCGGACGCCCCAGACCCCGAUGAAAUUCUUCGUUCAACCCUGAGUGGAAAAGAAAAUUUCCAACGCAUUACACGACUUUUAAUAAGUGGAGGGACCAGCCUGCUGAGGGAGAUUUUCGACUCUAUAUGUCUUCCAAGAGAUCUUCCUACGAUUCUUAGCACUCCAGCAACAAAGAGAAAGCUCAAAACUACAUACCUCUCCAUACCACAGCGGCACUGUGUUAAUCCCUCCCCAGAGGUGUACGGCAAGUCAGAAGAUUUUGACAUCACCCUGCUAUUCCGUUUGCUGAGGUCAAUAUGCAACCUCACCCCUCCCUCCAAGGGAUGGGAUGCACCACCAGUCACUGCAGAUCACAGUUUAACAGCUGAUAUAGCAAGAAUAAAGUAUUACCGAAACUCAGUCUAUGGUCACGUGAACCAAGGCAUGACAAUUUCAGAUGAUGAGUUUUCAACACUUUGGCAGGAAAUCAGUGAAGUUCUUGUGAGGAUCGCUGGGCAGAUCAGUUCUACAAGGAAAACUGCAUGGCAAGGAGCCAUUGUUAAAUAUUUAACAGAUCCUCUUAAAACUGAAGAUGAACGAAACGUGCAAGAACUUAAGGCGUGGUAUAAAAGUGAUACGGAGUUCAAGGAACUCCUAGAGAAAAUG